AUGGCGCCAAAUCCCAAGGGUCGUCCCUCCAAACCUCAUGGCCGUAUGGUCCAGCCUGCUUUGCCAUUGAUCCCCGGACCAAAGGGCAAGCAGAACAAUAAGCCCGCUCCUGCGCAGGUUGAAAGUGAAAAGAUUGAGCCAGCGUUGAAAACCUCCGACGCAGUCAAUGGAGGCAAUCAGGAACACGCUGAAAUAGUCGAAGCCCUGGCCAAGGCUCACGAUGUGACAACAGGAGGUGGAGAGGCAGAACAUGUCGAGGAUCGCGCACUGACUCAAGGUUCACCCAUUGACACCCCACAAAAGCCAUUGACUCCCCUUGCACAAACUGCCAAUGACAACGAACCGGAAGACAACAUUUCUGCUGGCGAAGACUCUCUGUCGCAGAUGGCAGACACCCAAGCCACAAGCCAAGAUGUGUCGGGUCAUACUUCGGAGCAGGAGACAGCUGUCGACGAACAAGAGACGGUGAAUCUGACAAACGGUCAUCUUGCCAAUGUAUCGCAGCCUAUUAGUAGUGCCAGCGGUGAAGACUAUGAUGGACAAGCCUCGGCGCUGGAACCCUUUGCACAGGUUGCCAACGAGCGCCCAACUGGAGCUGCUACUGCGAAUGGCAAUGGCGCCUCAUCAUCACCACAGGAAAAUGGCCACAUGACACCGGAGGAGACUCAGCCUUACGGAGCGGAUCAGCCGGAGCAAGUCUAUGGUUCGAAUGCCAAAUCUCAACCGGAGGUGAAUGGUGUUUAUGACCCAAUCGCGCGCAAAUCUAGUAUUCCUGAAUCAGUCCAACAGCCAAGAGUCUCUCCUGGGUUGAUUCCUCUGCAAGAUUAUCUCCUCCAGGUAUCCCACACCAAGGAAGGCGUCGACUGGGCAAUUCAGGUCAACCCUCCCGGAGUCCAACCCUAUCUGUUGUAUGCGCAUUCAUUGUUGAUGCUACGAAGCGACCGCCUCAGACGCUUGAUGCAGCGCGAACCGUCAUCGGCCUACGGAGGAAAUAUCAUUCACCUGUAUCCUGCUCGAAAUGCAGUUCCUCAUGCAUUUGACGCAGCGUUACGUUUCUUGUACUCUGACACGGUUUUGUCACACCUCAUCCAACCGCAUCCUGGCCCAGAUUUCCAUGCGGCGAGACUUCAGAACCUCGACUACAUCUUGUCUUAUUGGGUGGCAGGCAUCGAGCUCGGCAUCGACCAGGUAUCUGCAUGUGCGGAAAGACUCUUGUUCAACUACGUUGACUGGGACAUUCUUGAGGUCACGUACAAGCAUGCCAUUGACCUUGCCAACUCACCAGUGGUCUCGUCUCGUAAGAACACGACUGGUUCCGAUUACGUGGUCGUUAGCAACGCUGUGAUCAGACCGAUUCUACACUUUCUGGCAGCUCGCAUGGAUGUGUCAAAGUUCAAGAUCGACCUGACUGGAGCCCCAGUUCACUUUCCUACUCGCUUCCCAACGGUCGACGGUGGUCGUCUCAAGCAUAAACCAGCAUUGGCUUCGAUGGUCUUUGGCUCCAUGCCAUCUUCAGCCGACAUGUCUCCCACCUCGCCUCAAUCCGAGAUCGUGCCCGCUACUGCGACAUUCCGAGAUACUGUGGCAACCAACAUUCUCCUCAAUAUCGACUUCGAGCAUCUCUUUUACUUCAAUUCUAUCCUCCAGAGAAGCAACAUUGCCGGUGCUUCUCAGCUCAUGUCUAGCAUCAUUACAGAGCGAGAAGUUCGUCGCCAGAAAGUCCGGAACUCACGAGCUGUUGCCAACAAGGACCGCAUGGCCAACUCGACCGCCUGGGAAGUUGUUGGCUGGAAGGAGGAGUGGGACACCGAGACCAACCUCCCGAAGCGUGAGAGAGUUGGCUUCCUUUCUUGA